CUGAUAAUCAAGAUGAUCAAGAUACUUUUGAUAGCCGUGUUCGUUGUGGCUUGUAAUGCCCAAGAGAAAGAGAGAGUUGCUGCUGACCUCUCUCUUGCUCCUGUUCCUAUUCUUCCCGUCUGUUACGGACUGAAGGCAGCUCCGGCUGAAGAAUUAGAUGCAUCAUUAGCAGUGGAAAAGUCUUCUGAGCCUGAUUUGACGGAGGAGGAGGCCGCUAAACUUCUAGGCGCGAAUGACGUUGCUACUGAAGUAGCCUCUAAAGCAAAAAGAUCUGUAGAAGACAAUGGAGCUGCCGAAGCAAGGACUGCACUGAGUAAAGCUUCCGGAAGUAUUAUCCUUCCCAAAUUACCAUGGAUACCUAAUCCAUGUCCACCAUUGCUGACAACUACAUCAGCUGGACAAGAAUUAUGUCCAUCUUAUCAACAACUUUACACAAGAUUUUGGAGUUCAAACGGAAAUGGUUUAUGUUAUGUUCUUUUCCCAAAGUGGCAACGUGUUUAUCAAACCAGAUGCAAAUGCAAAACCUGCAGAAACAGCUGCCCUUACUACAUUUUCUACAAACCAGGUUCUCUAAGAUUCAGGAAUUACUGUAAACCAAGAAGCCGACGAACACGAUACAUUUGGGCAUUAUGUAGAACAAACAACUUCUUCCGAUUCGUUCGUGAACGAAUAACUCAGUAUUCUGGUGGUUGCGAAUGCCGAGCCUACAGAACAUGUUAUUAAAACAUGACGAUGGUUGAGUCGGUAAAAUCCUGAAUAAUUCCAUAAGAUAAACACUAUAACUGCUUUUGUAUUCAAAAUAUCGAAAAUAUGUAAAUGUACUUUUAAUGUAUUUGCCGAUUAUAACGAUUACUACGUACUGUUUGCUAAAUAAACAUUAUGAAAUUC